CCACGGUGCUUGCUAAGCUGUAACCAAUUUGCUUUUACGUAUAAAAGCUUCAUUCCCACCUCUCUCUCUCUCCUCUCUCUCUCUCUCUCUCUCUCUCUCUGGUACGUAAGGAAAAUAAGCGGUGGUUGUAGCAAUGGCAGGAGUGGUGGUGGUUUUUGACUUCGACAAGACGAUUCUCGACUGCGAUAGCGAUAACUGGGUUGUGGAUGAGUUGGGUAUCUCCGAGUUGUUUACCCAACUCCUCCCUUCCUUGCCUUGGAAUUCUCUCAUGGAUACGAUGAUGAUGGAGCUUCACUUACGGGGAAAGACGAUUGAGGACAUUGCAGUGUGUUUGAAACAUGCUCCACUGAACCCCAGGAUUAUCUCUGCAAUUAAAUCAGCCCAUGCUUCUGGGUGUGAUUUGAGAAUACUAAGUGACGCAAAUGCCUUUUUCAUCGACACUAUUUUGAAACAUCAUGGUUUGAUUGAAUGUUUCACAGAAAUCAACACGAACCCAAGUUUUAUUGAUGAGGAAGGAAGGCUUAGAAUCUUACCAUACCAUGAUUUCAGUUCUCAUUCUCAUGGCUGCAGUAGUUGUCCUCCCAACAUGUGCAAGGGUUUAGUGAUGGAAAAGAUCCGAGCUUCUCUUCCAGCUGAGGGAAAGAAAAAGAUCAUCUAUCUUGGAGAUGGGACUGCAGAUUUUUGUGCUGGUUUGAAGCUUGAAGAAGGAGAUUUUCUGAUGCCAAGGAAGAAUUACCCAAUCUGGGAGAUAAUUUGCACCAACCGAAGCCUCAUCAAGGCAAAAGUUCAUGAGUGGAAAGAUGGGGAGGACCUUGAGACUAUAUUGCUCGAUUUAAUAAACCCAUUUUUCAUUGAAGAGAAAUACAACGUGAGAAGCAGUACUGAUCGAAUGGUUGCAGUUGAGUGCAAGUUCCUCACGAGUUCAAUCACUGCCCAUGAAGCCUUCAGCAAUAGUACUCUCCCAGUUCCCCAGUAGUUGCAAAGAAUUCUGAUUGUUGGCGCAAUAAGAACAUCAAUAUCAAUUUUUCAUGCAUCUUUCUGGCUAUUACAAUGAUGUAAUCCUACGUCUUCUUGAACAGAAACUGAAAUAGAAGGCCUAAAAAUAAUAAUUAUGUUACGAAUGUCCAAUCCAUGUAACUUAUACUCCAAAACUUGAUAUAAUUAGAGCUCCAUUGAAAUAUUAUAAAGAGCAAUAACUUAUUAUU